CCUCGCCUCGCCUAAACCCCCCCGCCGCCGAAAUGCUCCUCCGCUCCCUCCUCCGCCGCGCCGCCGUCGCCGCCACCGCCACGGCGGCCGGCGGCGGCGUUGGUGUGGGCGCCCGCGCCACGACGGGCCGAGCCGAUCCGCCCGCGGCGCUGGCGUCCCUCCUCGUCGCGUCCAGGUCGUACGCGAAGGCCAAGGGCGGGGGGAAGCCGGCGGGGGCCACGUCGAACCGCGGCAAGGUCCGCGCCAAGGACCCCCGCGGCGUGGCGUCCGAGGAGGGCGCGGCGGGGGAGUUCGAGGGCGGCGGCGGCGGAGCGGGAGGCGGCGACGACCUUGAUGUGGAGUUCGAGCUGCCCACUGACCCGCUGCCCCCGACCUACGACACCGCGCUCGACGUCGGGCCCGGCGGCCGCCCACUCUUCGCCUUCACCGACACCUUCGCGUCCUUCUCCCGCCGCGAUGCCAACGCCUACGUCGAUUUCACCUUGGAUGAAUGGAAAGCUAUGUUACCAGAGGGAUUGCCAGCCGGCAUGAUGAAGGAGUUUCAGGAGACAAGACGGUGUGCUGUGAUGGUGAGAGAGAGCUUCCUAGACCUACGGGAUAACUUCCGAAGAAUUGUUGAUCCAGCUAUUGCUGCCAAACGAAAAGAUGCCAAAAGACAAAUUGUAUUAGAUGGUCCCCGGAGCUGCGGUAAAAGCAUUGCACUUGCAAUGCUUGUCCACUGGGCACGUACUGAAGGAUGGCUAGUAUUUUAUGUUCCACAAGGGAAGGAUUGGUCACAUGGAGGAUUCUUCUAUAGAAACACCUACAAUGAUCUCUUUGAUACUCCAAUACAGGCUGCAAAGAUCUUACAGGAUUUCUUGAAGUACAAUGAAAACCGCUUGCAGCAGUUACCAUGUCAAAUAUUUGAGCCUAUUCCCUUGGGGGAAGGUGCUGGUGUUGGAAUGAUGAAGGGGGCUGACACAGUGGAAAUGCCUGAAGGUUCGACACUGUAUGAUCUCAUUCAAACUGGGAUAACACAUUCGCAUGCUUCAGUUGGUGUUGUAGUUCGUUUAAGGAAGGAAUUGUCACUUGUGAAAGAUGUUCCCGUAUUAUUUGCAAUUGAUCAGUAUAAUAGUUGGUUUACAUUCAGUGAGUUCCAGGAACCGGUGACUGUUAGAUCAUGUCGGCCAAUUCAUGCAAAAGAGCUUACAAUGGUCAAUGUUUAUAGGCCAAUGCUACACAAUGAUAUGAUGGUAGGAGCAUUUUCACAUUCAACUGCAGUUGGAAAAUUACGACAGGACCUCCCAGAUGUUCCAUCAGAUGCUCGUGUGAUGUUUCCACGGUACACUGUAAAUGAAGCUGAGACUGUCUGCCACUAUUAUAUGAGGCAAAAGAUCAUCAAGCGCGAAAAUUUUUCAGAAGAGAAGUGGAAAAAGAUUUAUUAUUUGUCAAAUGGAAAUGGCUCAGAGAUGAGAUGGCUUGCUGCCUUUAUCUGAGUUCUGAGUUUCUCAUACCCGGAUUGCUUCUGCCAAAGAAAAAAAACCAAUUGAGUUCAAGCAGGCUGUGCAGGUUUUAAACUGAAGCCAUCCAUUGUUGUAUACUUGCAGUACACAUCUUGUAAAACUCGUAGGAGCAAGGUGCUACCUAAUGACGGUUCUAUGAUUUUUUUAUUUCUACCCCAGUAAUUUGAAGUGCGAGCAAUUUUGGCAGCAGCAUAAAAAUUUCACCCAUGUGCCUGACGACGACGUUGAUGUGUACUGAGUAGGAAUGUAGUAGGAUUCACUCAACAAGCCAGAACUCAAGUUUGUGACGCAGUUCUGCCCAUUUAUAUUUGAUGAAUUUUGAGGUGCGUUGCUUAGUGACGCAGGAUACAAUAAGAACUGGCUGCUCUUAACUUUCUUUCUGGUACAGCUUCCAUUUACUCUUUUUUUUUUAUCAAAUACUGUUGCUGUUUGCGAUC